GGCGGUUUGAUUUGCUGCGACAGUACAAGGUUUUUUUGUCCGCCUGGAAGGCACAGGUAGAGUACACGUGAUCAAUGACGCCUGAGGCCAAAAUUGCUGUGCUUCGCUGAGUUUCUUUUUAAGGCCUAACCUCAACAUCGCCAAUCAGCUUCAAUCCAACUCUUUCUUACAUUAAAUCAUGUCUUUCUGGUGGGGCCAAAGUCCUUUCGACGAAAUCGUCGAGCGAGCAACGUCGGAACUGCUACCUGCUGGCCAAGAAAACCUGGCUCUUAACCUGGAGAUUGCCGAUCAAAUUCGAGGCAAAAAGGUCAAUGCCAAAGACGCCAUGCGCUCUCUCAAGGCGAGAAUGGCUCAUAAGAAUCCAAACGUUCAACUCCUGACUUUGGGUCUUGUAGAUUCUUGCGUUAAGAACGGCGGAGAGCAGUUUGUUAGGGAGGUUGCUAGUCGCGAAUUUAUGGAAGAACUCACCUCCAUCAUUAGAGCUCCAACUGGUUGCAAUUUGGAUGUUAAAAAUAAGAUCCUGUACGUUGUGCAAGUGUGGGGCAUGGCAGCUAAAGGAAAUCCUGCCUUGAGCUAUAUCACCGAUACCUACAACUUUCUCAAAGCGGAAGGUUUUGUAUUCCCUUCUGUCAAUGAGCAUGUUGAUUCCAUUGUUCUGGAAAGUUCUUCCGCACCUGAAUGGUCGGAUUCUGAUGUUUGCGAACGAUGCAGAACUGCAUUCACUAUGACGAACAGAAAGCAUCAUUGUAGACAAUGUGGCAAGACAUUUUGCGGACAGUGUUCCUCCAAAACAAUGACCCUACCUCACUUGGCCAUUACUGAAGAAGUGCGAGUGUGUGACGGUUGUUAUAUGAAGAACAAAUUGGCAAGGAUCGAGAAAAAGGAAGCCAACGACGUUUCUCUUCCACCAUUUAUGCAAGCGGACCCGUACCAAAAGCGACACCAAGAGAGAAGCUCUAGUAUAAGCAAACCACCACCCACCGCCAGUGAGGAGGAGAUUGAUGAGGACUUGAAGAAGGCAAUAGAACUGUCUCUUAAGGAAGCCGAGAGAAGUAAGAGUGCAUAUGGUGCUGGAUACGCACCACCAAAAAGAGAGGAGAGGAAAGCUACACCCCCUCCUGUCCAACAAGAUGAGCAAGAUGACCCGGACCUCGCAGCGGCCAUAGCAGCUUCACUUCAAGAUAUGAAUAUUUCCCAGAAUUACGCAUCUCAGUCACGAAGUUACCGAGCACCUUCGUCCACCGAUUUGAGUACUGCCGAAAUGGAAAAUAUCUUGCUGUUCUCAACUCUGAUGGAUCGAAUUCGUGCAAGCAGCGGUGAAAUUGGCAAUGACCCAGAAAUCAAUGCAUUGUACACGCAAAUUGGCGCAAUUCAACCAAAACUUGUAAAAUCACUUGAUGAGACCAAUCGAAAACACCGUUCCUUUGUGGAUAUGCACAAUAAGCUUAACCAAGCCGUCAAGAUGUACGAUCGAUUGCUGGAAGAACGACUUGCAACAUCUUAUGCAAGAGGAUCUCACCCUGCUCAAGACCGAGUGCAGUCACCUCACCAGUACUAUGCCUCGCCUUCUGUGUCAAAUGGUGCGUACGCUGCUCCUCCCACUGAUCAGAGCUCACUUUAUCCAAAUGCUGGCAACUACAACGCACCCCCCUUCCCCCAACCGUCAGCCUAUGAGCAAAAUCAUGAAAAUGCUUAUCCCGCUGUACCAUCGUCAUCCUCAUCUAGUGCACCUUACAUGUACAACGCACCUCCGUCUUCUUCAUACCCAGCCUCUUCGUACCCUGCACAGCAGCCACCAUCAGGUCCACCUCAGGAAUACCAAGCUGUUAAUCAAGCGCAAGUUUCCGCCCCACCUCAAGAAUACCAACCACAGCCCACUCCUCAAGGUACAGCACCACCCCAUCAAGGUUUUCUCCCGUCCCAAGGAUACUUCCCUCCUACACCGCAAGGAACAACUCCUCCUCAAGAGAACUACUACGCCCCACAAGCACCCGAAGCGAAUCCAAACGUACCACCUGCACAGAACCAUUUCGCCCCACCCAAUGAGUAUCAGCCUAGUCCACACGGUUACGUUUCACCACCCGGUGCACAAACAGCUCCUAGCUAUACGCCUGAUCCGUAUUAUGGAGCGCAGCAGCAACCUCAACAAAUGGUAUCUCCUCAGCAACACUACGGAGCACCUCAACAACGAGUACCACCGCUGCAGCAGCAAUGGGACGGAUACCCACAACAACCGUACCCUCAACAGCAUGACAGAAAUUCCUUCAGUCUUCCAGGAGCUGUCCCACAACAAAAACAACAACAGCCUGUCGUGGAAGAGGCCCCUUUGAUUGACCUCUAAGGAACCCCACCUUUUCAACCUUUCUUUUUCCACACAGUUUAGAACCUAAUGCCCAACCAUUGUAAUAUCAGCGAAUUACCCUUUCCUUUUUAUUUUAUUUUUUUCUUCAUUUCUA